AUCAAGGAGCAGAGAUCCCGGAACUCACUAACAUUGUACAACCCCGAGUUCCCGCCUCAAGCUCUUACCGCCUCUCCCAAAUCUCCUCCAAACGCCAUUGUUAGAAAUGCUCCUUUUCUUCCAUGCUCACGCCCUUCCCUUACCCUCUGCCCCAAUUCUCACCCCCAGCUCCGCCUCCUCCGCCGCCGGGCGGCCGCUCCCCGCCACCCUCAAGGCGCCGCCCAGCCACGAAGAUGCUUCGGAACAAAUCAUUCCUCGUUGUAUACCUCCUGCUCCUCAUCUUCCUCCACGUCGUCGUCUCGGCCGACGAAUCGGAAUCCCUAAUUCUCCUCAGAUUCAGAAAUUCGCUCUCCAACGCCGCCGCCUUGGCCGAUUGGGACGCCUCCCGCCCCCCCUGCGGGAAUCCGGCGUGGACGGGGGUGCUCUGCGACGGAGGUAGGGUUUGGGGGCUCAAGCUCGAGAAUAUGGGGCUCGGAGGCGCAAUCGACGUCGAAACCCUAACUCAACUGCCGAAUCUACGAUUUAUCAGCUUUUUGCACAACAAUUUGGCCGGGAACCUCCCCAAUUUCUCCAAAUUGGGGUCGCUCAAGGCUGUCUAUCUCUCGCACAAUAAGUUUUCCGGCGAAAUUGGGGAUCAGACGUUCGCCGGUAUGGCGUCGCUGAAGAAACUCCACCUGGCUGAUAAUCAAUUGACUGGUACGAUUCCGGCGACCCUCGCCGCGUUGCCGAGACUCAUCGAGCUCGUCCUCGACCGGAAUCAGCUCGAAGGAGGAUUACCAGACUUUCCUCCCAACCGAUUGCAGGUCUUCAACGUUUCGCACAAUAAACUCUCCGGCAAAAUCCCCGCCGGACUCGACCUCUUCGACGUUUCCUUGUUUUCCGAAAACAGAGAGCUAUGUGGCGGACCUAUGAAUCCCUGCACCACUCCGAACCAAACUCCGAGCCAAGGCUCGAAGCUAACCGGCGGAACCCUAAUUAUCAUUAUCGUUGCGGCGGUUGUAGCCUUGGUGGCUUUGAUUUUGCUUGCAAUGGUAAUUAUCUUCCUUCUCCGACGCCUGAAAGAUCUCCGGCAACCAAAUCAGGUCGUCGCCGCCGCCGGCAAGCCUGCGGAUGUCGAACAAGGCCAGACUAGGGCGGCAGCGCCAUUGCCGACCUCACCGGAAACCGCCACCAAGCAGAAUGUCAAACUAACCUUCCUCCAACAAGGCCGCGGCGGCGUCACCAGAAAGUUCGACAUGCCGGACUUGCUCAAGGCGUCGGCUGAGCACCUUGGCAAUGGAGUCCUCGGGAACUCGUAUAAGGCGGCGGUCGGCGACGAUGUUGUGGUGGUGAAGCGGUACAAGCGGAUGAAGAGCGCGAGCCGGGAGGAGUUCGUCGAGCACAUGCACCGGCUCGGCCGGCUGCGCCACGAGAACCUCCUCCCGAUUGUCGCGUUCUACUACAAGAAAGACGAGAAGCUUCUCGUCACCGAUUACGCCGCGAAUUCCAGCCUGGCGGCGAAGAUCUACGGCGACCGGAGAUCGCGCGCGCUCGAUUGGCCGACGCGGCUGUCGAUCGUCAAAGGCGUUGCGCACGGGCUGCAGUACCUCCACGCCGAGCUGCCGUGCCUGACGCCGCCGCACGGCCACCUCAAAUCGUCGAACGUCGUCCUCGACAGGGACUACAACCCGCUCCUGACGGACUACGGGCUGAUCCCCGUCGUCCGUCGCGACUUUGCACAGCAACACAUGGUAGCGUACAAGUCGCCGGAGUUCACCCACCACCGGAAAUUAACGAAAAAAACCGACGUGUGGAGCUUCGGGAUCCUGAUUCUGGAAAUUCUCACGGGGAAGCCGCCGGGGGGCGGCGUCGACAAUCUCGACCUGGUGAAGUGGGUCAAGCUAAUCGUGCAGAACAACAACGAAGCCUACAGCGGCGGCGCAGAGAUGGUGUUCGACCGGAACAUGGCGGGGGUGAGCCAUUCGCAGGGCGAAAUGUCGAAGCUGUUGAAAAUUGGGCUCGAAUGCUCAUCGGAGGAUCCCGACGCCCGGCCGGAGAUCGACCGGGUGGCGGAGAUGCUCGACGAUGUUAAGGAACGGGAAAUCGACGACGAGUUUUAUUCAACGUGUUCCGACGCCGAUGUGCGCUCUUCGAGAGGAUUAUCUGAUGAUUUCAAGACAAUCAAUUUUUAGAUCAUACAUAUGAUUGAUUCAUGAAAUUCAUCGACAAGGGUGAAUGAAUGAAUCAAGCAUAUAAUAAAUACUCUAUAUAUACUAUAUUUGUUGUCUCUACAAAAUUACACCUUGGGACGAAACCUAAAUCACCAUUACAUUACACAAUCUUUGGUAAAAAUCA